AUGUCCGAGCACGAGGACACAGAGCUGAAUCUUUCAUACGAAACACCAACUCAAGGCCGCUCUCAACAAGUUUCAAGGGCUCCUGAGGUUCAGUCUACUCUUGGGAAUACUAGUAAUGUGAAUGACUUGGCCGAUGCAGGUGAAGGCAAUAGAAUUCAGUACACUUUUAACGAAGAAAUAAUUGAAGACCUAGAAAAUCUGUCUAUCAUCCUUAAAGACAGUUCGGCUGUAUCCGUCAUUAAUCUCUUUAAAGAAAAAUUGCAGAAACGUAAUAAACUCAUAAGAAUUGCAGAUAAUAGUCCAGCUGGUUGGAAGACCGUAAGGGAAUAUGAACAAAACGAUUAUGCAGACGACUCUGAUGACGAAAAAAAGAUACGAAGUGCGGAGUCACGGGCCAUGCGGCAGAAGUUCCGAGGCAGGGGACGUCCUACACCGUACAGCCGUCUGGUGUCAGCAGCGGCGGGGUCCCCGGCGCAGCUUUCCUCUGGUAGUUUUGGUGGUUAUCCUCUACUCAGUCAGCCCUUUCGUGCCUUUGGGGGUUCAAGGAGAACCCCACAGCCUUCAGACUUGUGUCACAGAUGUUUUAAGACCGGACACUGGAAAAGUCGCUGCCCCCUCAAUUACACGCAAUCCACCACAGGGUCUGCAGGAGCAAGCACAUCAGGCGGUCAAUGAUGAUAAGUAUUGUUAUAGUCCAAGCUGGUCUGGUAUUCUCGAUAUUUCAAAAAGUAUCAAGGAAAUUUUGAUUUCUUAUGAUAGAAAAUGUAAUCAAAUAAAAGGUAGAGUCAAGAAAAGUUUGUUUCAUAAUCUUCAGUUUUGGAAAGAAAUAGAUGCUUAUGAUUCGGUUUUUUUCUAUAAUUCAAAAUGGAUAUUCUCUUGAUUUUGAAAUUCACCCCCCUUCAAAGCAUUUCGAGAAUAAUAAAUCAGCUAUGUUGAAUGAAGAUUUUGUUUCAGGAGCAGUUCAGAAUCUGAUAGACUCAGGUAGAGUAAUUCAGUUACAUGAAAAACCAUAUAUGAUCAAUCCACUGAGCGUAGCAGAAAACCACGAAAAGAAAAGGCUUAUUUUAGAUCUUAGUUUCUUGAAUAAUUUCGUACGGAAAGAAAAAGUAAAAUUUGAAGAUUGGAAAAUCGCUAUACAAUAUUUCAAAAUAAACUGUUUUAUGACAAAAUUUGAUUUGCAGUCGGGAUAUCAUCACAUAGAUAUCGAUCCUUGUUUUCAGCAAUAUUUAGGUUUUUCAUGGAAGGGUAAUUAUUUUUGUUUCACUGUCUUACCAUUUGGUCUAACUUCAGCUCCAUAUGUUUUUACAAAGUGUUUGAGGCCAUUAGUAA